AUGAAAGAACUCCAAGAAGGCAACUCACCGUUCAAGACAAAAAGCACCUAUGAUAAUAAACUCAAAGUUUGGAGUGGUGGGGAAAAGCGGAGUUUAUUUUCCCCCAACUUGUCCAUCGGAGAGAUUAUAUAUCGGCAAAUGGAGCAGCAUCCAAAACUCCUUGCUCAGAUCUCACUUACGGAGGGCACUGUGCUCACUUGGGAAGAUCUUCAAGCAAACUCAAUUCGAGUGUCAAGUUAUAUGCGAAACUGGGACCUGGAGCAAGGUGAUUUUGUAGGGACCAUAGGCAGACUCACCACCCACUUGAUGGCUCUGGCUUAUGCCUGUUUCUUCAAUGAAACUCGGUACCACACACAAUACGAUCAACCGAUCAUCGAGAGACUAUUCGGAAUCACCAAACCCAGUCAAAUUUUUUGUGAUGGAUAUGAGUUUGAAAAGACUCGCACCCUGGACUGUUUCUCGGAUCUACUGAUGAUCAUUAUUGCUGGCAUGUUCAGUACAACUAGUAUUAUUGUACACAGUGACUUCGAUUCUAAACUAUUAUGCAGCAUAAUUCCGAAGUAUGAGAUCUCGUUGGUGCUUUUAAGUUUUUCAAACUUAGCCAGGUUUGCCAACAGUCCGAAAUUCGAAUCAAGUGAUCUAACUUCUGUAAAGUACUUUUUUUAUGGAAGUUUAAACUGUUCCCUGGCAGUUCAGCAUAGAGUGCGCAACCGUUUUGGCCACGAUUACUUGUAUUUUUGUUAUUCCCUUACAGAACUAAACUCCGCUGGAUGCGUAAGCUUUAACUUUGAUGAGAAACCCAAUUCGGUGGGGCGUCCUCUUAAGGGAGUUAAAGUUAAGAUAAUCAACGAACAAGGCGAGGCUCAAGGACCUAAUAACGUUGGUGAGAUUUGCUUCAACAGCGGCAAAAAAUGAGUUGGCAACUAUAAAAACCCCGAGGAGUCUAAAAUAAUUCGGGACUCCCAUAACUGGCUUCACACUGAAGACCUGGGGCACAUGGACGAGGACGGAUACCUAUUUGUUAUUGAUCGCUUAAAGGAUAUACUUAAGUAUCAGAACAUCAUGUACUAUCCCAGUGAGAUUGAAAAUGUGAUCGCUGAAAUGCCAAAUGUGGUCGAGGCUUGUGUCUUUGGCAUAUGUGACCCAUCGAAUGGAAAACCGGGAACCCAACUGGAGGCCCAGAACCACGUUAGAAAACAUAUCACUACCAAGUACAAGCCGCUGAAUGCUGGUGUUUUUAUUGUGGAUCAAAUCGCAGGAAGUGAAAAUAGAAAAACAAACAGAUCAGCAGCAAAGGCAUACUUUUUACUACAUUUCAACAAUAAUUAG